AUGGCAGAAGAGCGAGAACUACCAUCAGAUGAAACACUCAUAGGACAGGGCAAUGAGCUGGGUGAGAGGGAGCUUGGGACCAGUGAGACGGAAAGGGGCCAAAGUAGAUGGACAGAAGAAGACUGGGACCUAUGGAAUAGAGGCUUAUGGGGUUCCAGAAAUCAACCACCUGGGUUCAAUGCAGCCACCGAAUUCAGGGUCACUCAGGGUAGUGCCGCUGCAGCACCAGAGUCAUUGGGAGACUCAGCUUCUGCAGAGAGGGCGCGCACUGAUCCUUGGGUCCAGCAAGAUCCCUGGCGACGGUGGAGCUCGGACCAGUGGUGGCAGCCCCAGGACAACGAGAAGGGAUACCAAAAGGGCGAUUUUAGCGAUCCUCCUGGUGGCCUGGUGACUCGAUGGGACUCAGCCACGGACGUCAAGUACUGGCGUCGCAGUGAGAAGAUUUUGAAGUCCAUGGAUUGGGAGCUUCAAUCACGUUUUGAGCACAUUCCCGAUCAUGAACUUCAGGGCAUGGGCUACUUGGCACACCUCUUCCAGGUUCUUGAUGUGCUGGCGGGUGAGAAGGAGUUCACCGAGAUGCGGAGGACUGUGAGAGCCGCGCUCUACGAAGGUGGACGCCGUAGUGACGAGUCACUGGGGCAAUAUUCCCUUAGAAGAGAAGCACAGUUCUCAACAGCUUCCAAAUACUUGGACAUCCCCAGCAAGUUGAAAGGGUUCAUGCUAGAAGAGCAAGCUGGGCUUUCGAAGCAAGCCCUGCAAAACCUGAGGGUCUUGACAGCCGGCAACUCAGAGUAUGAGGCGGUCAAGCAAGCUCUUCGAGUCAUCGACACCGAGGAGGAAGCGAUCUGCCGUGGGGCAAAGGGUAUGUCCUAUUGGCAGGGUGACGAUGUCACCGCCACUGAGAGGCAGGCACAACUCGAUGAAGAUGUAUCCGACGAAGAGGUGGACAUUUUGGACACCGACCAGGUUCAGGAAGUUUUCCUUGCCAUUGAGAAUUUGGACCUGUGUGAAGAUCGGGCCCUUAACUUUUUAGCAGAUUGGCAGAAACGAAAAAGGUCUUGGAGCGAGAACAAGGAGUUGAAGAAUGCCAUGAAGAAGGAUCGGCGCCAUUUCGACGAUCCGACUUCCCGUCCUCCACGAGACCGUGCAGAGGGUGGCAAGCGCAGAAAGAACAUAGCCGAGCUAAAGAAGGUCACCAAAUGCGCCAACUGCGGCGAGAAGGGCCAUUGGCGAGCUGAAUGCACUCAGCCUUAUCGGCCUCGCUACGAGAAGGAGAAGACAGGCAAGAACGCCUUUGUCUACCUGGGCUCCGCAGAUGGGCAAGGCAGCCAUCAUUUCCUCAGCAACUUCAGGACCUCGGAAGACAACUUCCUCUGUGUGCCUCCUGGCUUUGCGGUGGUGGACCCCGGAGCGGCCCAGGACUUGAUCGGUGAGAAGGCCUUCCAGUUGCUGCGGGAGAAGCUGGCAAGGGUCGGCUUGAAGCCGGUAAUCCUGGAGGAGAAGCCACCAUCAGCCUCUGGGAUUGGAGGGAAUGUGCAGCCGUUGUACACGGCCUUGACACCUGUGUUCCUCGGCGGACACCCUGGCUUGGUCAAGUUAGUGGUCUUGUCCGAGGAUGUGCCACAGCUGCUGUCCAUCGGUCUCCUCGAGCACACUGGAGCAGUGAUCGACACCACGACCAACGAGAUCAACUUCAAAGGGUUGGGCACUUCCGACAACAUGACAAAGUUGGAGUCCGGACACCGGGCACUUGACGUGGUUUCUCACGAGGUAGUGUUUGAGCCUCCUCCUGAGGUCCUUCAAGAGUAUGGGCUCUCGAAGGGGGCUUUUGUUUACUCAGACUCCGCAGCUCCGUGUGCAUGCUUGGCAGCGGCAGAGCCAGGGUUCAACAUGUAUCAAUCUCCACACGUCUCACUUUUGGUUUGGGGUUUUGGGAAACCACCGGAUCGCGUUUUGCUUGAAGAUAAGCCAUGGAACAUGUUCUUCAAAUGCACUUCCACGGAGAUGAGUCCACUAGGCAGUUGUUUUGAUGUAGCUUCGAGAGAGUCAGUAUCCAGGGAUGCGGUGUUUUUGCAGCUGUCAUCACAUGUGCAAGUGUCGUCAGCCAGUUUGAUGCAAGCAACUGCAACCAAGUGCCAGGAGAUUCAGUCAUUUUCAGAUGUAGACGGUCAUGUCUCUGAAACGUUGGAAGUUUGUGGAAUCAAGGGAACAGAAGGCAUGACAGGUGAUAGAGAGGUGAAUGCAGUGAAUCAUAGGGGCUUCCAGCACCAGAUGCGGCGCCUCCUCCGCAGCCUUCCAAUGCUGAGAGGCCUUAUCUUUUGUCUGUCCCUCCUUGCGACGUGCCAUGCAGCAGAUCAUGCGCCCGGAUGCUCUGAGCCGCCAUCGCAGCGAGCAGCUCCGGGAGUACAACCAGGCGAGGUGGUUCUCCCUGACUCGGAAGCUGCUGACCACGUCGAGGGGACCUUUUUCGAUGUCACUGCCGGCAACCGGGGCAUCAGCCAUGACCACGGCAUCAACUCCAUGUCCUCACAGGGAGGAAGACAUCAUCGAGGGGGCGAACCAAUAUGGGCGAUGGAAGAAAUGCCUGGGUUGCAACACCCAGAUCAGCUUCGACCGCUACGGGCCAAGCAACCCAGCCCUGGCAGUCCCAAAGUCUGUUCCCAAGAUCAUCCAAGAGCAUGCUGCAGUGAUGAAGGCCAAGGCGAAGCCCAGUCCCGAGAACUCCUUGUCUCGGGCAGAGCUCCAGAGUGCAUUGAGCCAGCACUCCCAGGAGCUGAUGUCAAGCCUGAGCCAGGCAUUGGGUCCCCUGAUCCAGAGCCAAGUGAUGCUGCAGGAGCAGAUGGGCUAUGUGAUGUCAAGCUCAUCGGCAACUACCAACCUCCAGGCUCAGCAGGGGCCCUUGCAGAUGCCAUUCCUUCCAGCGAACCAGGGAACGGCCCACAUCGAGGGCGACGAGGAGAUGCAGCAGAACCCCAACGAGGAUGGCUGGGAACAAUUCAACUGAGUGAUAAGCCCAGCUUGCUCAGUAGGGUUUUGUCAGAAUGCCUUCCGAGCGAAGUCUUGGAAGAACUGCAGCAUGAUGAUUGGAUGGUGUAUCCGUUCAAGGUCUCACUUUGCCAGAAUUCAUUUGUACAGCAUAGCGACUGUUUCUUAUGGCAUCCUCCAAAUGAACAUCAGGUGUUUUUAGUUUCUCGGGCCCCUGGUUUUGUGUUUGAUUUGAAGUACAGUGAUGUUUUGGAUGACCAUGAGUUUUUCUUGACCAGCAAGCAGAAGAAGUCCGUCAAGAAAGCAGCAAAUAACGCGGAGAGGACGCAAAGACCUCAAGAAAGGGCGGCGAGGACGCAAAGACCUCAACCUAGGAGUAGGGUAGCACAAGAGCAAAAGAGUUUUGACAAUAAUGCGGAGAGGACGCCAGGACCUCAAGAGGGGCUUCCCCCAGGGAUUAUUGGAAAUAAACUCAUGGGGUAUUGGGAAAAGUUCAAUACCAAUUUUCCGGGUCACUUUAGCCCUAUUGGGCUCCCUCGGGCGCUCGACCAUGCUGAAGCCAUGUUUUCGAGAGAGAAAAGCUGGAAAGUUUGUGAGCUCUUCUCUCCACCGCGAUUGACCGCUGAGAUUCUGGCAAGUCACAGCAGACAUACCACAACCUCACCACCAAGUUUUGAUCGCAAAACAGGCUGGGAGUUCAACAAUCCAGAACACCGAAGGAAGUUCUGGAAAGUGUUAGAUGAACAGUCACCAGAUGUGGUCGGAAUGUCACCAGAGUGCCGGCCAUUCAGCAUUCUUAUGAACUCCAACUGGUCCCGGAUGGACCCCUUGGAGGCUAGAAAAAUACAAGUUGAGGGUCUGGCGAUGCUCAGUUUUUGUGUGCAAGUCGCCGAAUACCAACUGUCCAAGAAGAAGUAUUUUUACAUCGAGCAGCCAGGAGAAGCUUCGAGCUGGAACACACACUCCAUCUCUUGGCUGAGGCAACAGCUCGGUGUUUUUCUCAUCUUCUUUGACCAGUGCAUGGCCGGCCUCUCAGUAAAGCCCGACACUCUGUCUCGCAAAUCCACGGGGAUACUUUGUAACCAUGGGGGCAUAGUUGUGGAGUUGUCCAAGUUUCAGUGCGAUGGGCAGCAUGAGCAUCUUCAUCUACAAGGGGGGCUUCCAAGAAAGGCACAGGAAUAUCCUCCGGAAUUGGUGUCAGCUCUACUGCGAGGAAUUGACGGCGAUGUCAACUUCAAGUCCACCAACCUGAUGGCCGAGGACUUCGGCAAUGAGGGAGACCCUCCUGAAGGCGAUGAAGAAGAAGAAGGGAGGGACCCUGAUGCCUCGGGCGUUCCUGCCCCACAGACUCCGAGGCCAGUGGUCCGGAGGGCAUCGCCCCCGCUCUCUCCUCAGCAGAAAGAGAUGCUGCAUCGUCUGCAUUGCAACAUGGGCCACGCCCCUCGGGCUCAGCUGCUCAUGAUGUUGAAAGCUGCCGGGGCGAAAGACUCAGUACUCAAGCACGUGCAGGAAGAGUUUCAAUGCGAUCAAUGCAUGCGGCAGCAUCGACCAGUUCCAAGAAAGCAAGUCACCUUUCCAAGAACUUUUUCGUUCAACCAUGUCCUUGCUGUAGAUUUUUUCUACAUUUCCUGGAUGGGAAAGACCCACGCCUUCUUAAAUGUGAUCUGCCACGGUACCAGCUUCCAGCAGGUGGGCCUCUUGAAGAACUACCUAGGCGGAUCCCCUCAUUCAAGCGCGGCGUGGGGCCUUCUCGAGUCUCUUUGGAUUCGACCUUUCGGCCUCCCUAACGUCAUUCUGAGCGAUCAAGGCUCAGAGUUCAAGCAUGUUUUUGAGAGGAAAUUGGAGCAGCAUGGCAUCAUGCAGAUAGUCACUGAUAGCGGCUCUCCUUGGCAGAAUGGUCGUUGUGAGCGACAUGGCAGCUGGGUCAAGCAGAGACUGGAGGAGGAGUUGCAAUCUGGACAGGCUACUGUCGAGUCCUCAGAGGAGCUGGAGCAGCUGACGUUGAACCUGGUGGCCUGCAAGAACCGAUACUUUCAUCGGGGAGGGUAUUCUCCAUCUCAGCUGGUCUUUGGCAUUAACCCGAGACUGCCGAGUGACCUUCUGAGCGAUGACCAACUGCAGCUACCAGCCCUUGGCGACCUGGUCUGUGAUCCAACAGAUCAAGACUCAGCCGCCUCCGAGUUUGCGAGGUCACAUGCCAUUCGCCAACGGGCCAGAGAGAUGUGUGUCAAGUCAACCCUCAAGGACAGAGUGCAACUAGGAGUGAGAAGAUAUGCCCACAAGGAGCGUACAUGGACACAAGGUCAGUGGGUUUACUGCUGGCGGAAGUUCUCAGGAACAGGAGGAGGUCAUACCACCAGAGCCCGUUGGAUGGGACCAGGCCUUGUCAUUCAACAGCAAGGUCACACAGUAUGGGUCUCCAUGAGGUCCCGAGUUUGGAAAUGUUCUUCAGACCAGCUGCGACCUGCCAACUACUCAGAGAGUUUGGGUGCCGAACUCAUGGACUCCCAGGAACUGUCUGACGUCCUCGAGAACAUCAAAGGAAAGCGCGCCACCGCUGUGGACGUCGCUUCCGAGGGCCCUCCACCUCUCGAGGCCAGUGACGCCCCGAUUGGUCAGGAUUUGACUCUUCCGGAGGGCGACCCUCGGCCAGGGCUUCAGCCAAUUCCUGAAGAAGAAGAAGAAGAACAUGCCCCGCCAAAGCCUCAGACACCUCCACAAAGGGUGGCAUUGCCUCCAGCCCCCACCACUCCAAUGCCAGCACCGCAUGUGAGAAGGGAGUCGACCCAGACAGUGGAAGAGCCACUCAUGGAGCCAAUACCCUCCACAAGAAGCCAGACGUCAGCUGAGGAGCGAGAAGAUGAGUCCAAGAGAAGGAGACUCAGCAGUGCCUCUUCACUUGACUCUGCCGGCAAGGUAAAGCGGAGGGUGGACCAAAUAGAAUCAGCGAGACUUGAAAGAGAGGCUUUGAGAUACCUGAAGCAGUUGGACAGAGAGGAGAGGGUCGAGAAGGCCAGGAGAAGACAUGCGGAGAACUCGCUGGCAGACAUUGCAGCCUCCUCAGAGCGAGCUCCAAGUGCUCCUCAGAAGCCUCCAGAAGAUCUUCCCGACGAGACACAACAACACGAUCCAGAUCUCCUAGCCUUCGAGAUCAAGUCACACAUGGAAGACUUGAUGGAAAGGCAUCUGCCUGCAUUUCAUGUCAAACCACAGCAGCAAGGGAAGGAGGUGAAUCUCCUAGCGAAACCUGCGAAAGCCAAGAAUACUGAAUUCGACAUGAAGACGGCUACAGCGGAGGAGAGACUAGGCUUCAGAGAGUCUGACGCCUCAGAAUGGGAAGCUAUACUUUCCUUGAGAGCAGUCAAGGUCUUGAACCAGCAGGAGUCGAAGAGAGUCUUAGAGCAACAUCCGGAGAGAGUGAUCUCCAGCCGCAUGAUUCGCCGCAAGAAGCCCACUCCUGGUGUCGGGUCCUUCAAGUUCAAAAGCAGAUGGUGCAUUCACGGACAUCAAGAUCCAGACACUGGUACUUUUGAAGUAUUUAGCCCAACUCCCAGCACAGAAUCAAUCACCAUGUUCUUCCAGAUCUGCGUGAACGAAACUUUGCUGGCCUGCUUCUUAGAUGCCACGAGGCAAGCUCUAUGCCAGGCCCUGCGAAGGCUGUCUGUGCCGCAGGACUGCUUGAUAGAAAUAGUGGCUCCCAUUUAUCGAUUGGAUGAUUCUCCCCUGCGAUGGCAUCGUACUCUCCUCGAGUUCUUCCAGUCACUGGGCUUCGAGAGAACACUUCUGGAACCUUGUUGGCUGGUAAAAAGAGAUGAGGACGGUAGAAUCAUGGCACAGGUUUUAAUAGAAGUGGACGACUUGAACUUCGGGAUCAAGCCCGAGUACUUAGAGACCUUGAAAGCAGCCCUCGAGGAGAGAUUCAUCUUUGGAAAGAUGGAAUUCCAAGAAGCAGAUUUUGCGGGUAGGCACAUCAAGGUGGAGAAGGACAAGGUCAUCAUGCACCAAGAGAAGUACAUCCUUGAGAAGAUCUUUCCACACAAACUCCCCAGAGGGAAGCUGAGAGACAGAACAGCCUUGCUUGAUCCUGAAGAUUUUGAGGCGCACCGGUCUCUCUUGUACAAGGUCAAUUGGGUCGCUCACCAGACCCGCCCAGAGGCGGCUGGCAUUGUCAGUUUACUAGCCUCGCGGCUCCACCAUGCCACGGUGCAUGACCUGAGCUGCUUGAACAAGAUCGCCGUCCACCUGAGAAGCACUGCUAGACAAGCAUUGAUCCUCCACCAGUUUGACAGCGAGAAGAUGGUCUUUGUUGCCGCAUCCGAUGCAGGAGGUAUCGAUGGAAAACCUAUCCUGAAUUCCAAUGAAGACACGGUUCAAGGAGCUUGGGUCAUCCUGGCCACAGGCUCUCUUCCAUCAGCAUCACACGGCAGGAAAGCUUCUAUCCUGUCGUGGAGGUCAUCAAAGAUCAAGAGGCGUGUUGCCUCCACCCUAGCUGGAGAAGCUCUUGCAUUUUCUCAAGCGCUUGGAGAAUUAGAGUGGCUACAAGUCAUGUUUAGAGAUGUAGUCUUUGGGGAUGUUUUGAGAUCAAACUGGCAAGCUUCCAUUUCUCCUUUCCUCGGCGUGUUGAGAGAAGAGUGCGAGCUGAAAAAGAGACUGGAGCAGUGUGGCAUCACAGACGCCAAGAUGAUAGCUGACUCCCUGACAAAAGACGACUUGAGCAAGUCCAACGGGGCGCUUGAAGAACUUCUGAGAACCGGCCGUUUCUGCGUAUGGGAUGAGAGCGAUGAAUUAGCUAGGAGAAAGACUGACCCCUCUAGCAAGAAUAGGUCCAGGAAGGCCUCUGAGAAGAUCAGAGGUCGCUAUGAGGAACCUGAAUUCUAUGAGUUCUCUACCUUGGCAUGCAUUGGCAUCUAUUUGAUCCUGCGAGCUCACAAGUUCGAGCUCAGACACGAUGAGGAUGGCACUGGCGUGGCCAUUGUGGGCAUGGGCAUGCUCAUCUUCGCGCAGUCCAUGAUGGUCUUCAGCGCUGAUCCGCCGCGCGUGCCGAAGGCGGCGCUGCUAGCCUUCAAGGGUUUGCUUUGCGUCUUCUCUCUCUAUGCUUUGGUCACAACAGCGUCGAAGCGUUCCAUGCCAUGGCCCCUAUGGUGCCUUUUCUUUGUUUACGUCAUUUCGUCGUAA